GGAUGAACCUUCGGGAUGCAGAAACAGGGAAAAUCCUCUGGCAAGGAACAGAAGAUCUGUCUGUACCUGGAGUGGAGCAUGAAGCUCGAGUUCCUAAAAAAAUCCUGAAAUGUAAAGCAGUGUCUCGGGAGUUAAACUUUUCCUCAGCAGAACAAAUGGAAAAAUUCCGACUGGAACAGAAAGUUUAUUUCAAAGGGCAGUGUCUAGAAGAAUGGUUCUUUGAAUUCGGUUUUGUGAUUCCUAACUCCACAAACACUUGGCAGUCCUUGAUAGAGGCAGCACCUGAAUCACAGAUGAUGCCAGCUAACGUUUUAACUGGUAAUGUUAUUAUAGAAACCAAAUUCUAUGAUGACGACCUUCUCGUAAGCACUUCCAGAGUGAGACUUUUCUACGUUUGAGAUGGGGCUUUUUGGAGCUGUUUUAGUUUUCCUCCAUACAGUUCUUGGUGCAGAACCCCCCAACUAUCCAGUGGAAGACACUCCCGUAGGCGGUGACCCUGGGGACCAGCUCAACAUGGGUUGUGACCUUUGCCCAUCAGUUAUUUUGCUUUCUCCUCUGACAAGACCAGACCGAACCCUCAGAGACAGGACCAUCUGCUCAGCGAUGCACUGGGGAAUAGAGGCUGUCUCUGAACACGGGCAAACGAUGGUCGUGCAGAACCAAUACUGUAAAUUAUGUUAGUCUCAUCCUUUGUACUUCUCUGGAUCCUGGUAUAAUCUCCCAUUUCCACUCACACCAAACUCUCAAUGCGUUUCAUUAUUGGGGGAUUAAGUUAACCUUUUCAUUUUUCUCAUGUUGUAGGUUUUUAUCCUUUCACUGGAUUUCUGUGUAACUGGUCCACACAUCCUCUUACCCUGAACUUGUAAAAUAGACUGUGAUAUCACCUAAUGUAAUUAAAACAAAUUUCUCAAUUAAAACAUUCCUACCGUCCAAAGAAGGGAAGAAA